UUGUUUAUCCUCUAGGUCAAUAUACCUGCUCACAGUCCGAACACGCGAAUACAGAUAAUCAGUAGUAGUGGCUGUUUUAAUCUAUUCUAGCAUCAAUAUUUGCUACGCGUUGAGAAAAGUCUGCUUUAGUUAUUAUUACAGAUUAUCACAUUCUGUUCUGCAACAGAGUGCAAACGCUUCCGAAUAAUAAUCACCCGCUCGUGUAAUCACUGUUGACGCUGUUCCUCAUGCGCUACAUCGCAUCUCAGCAUGAAGCGAGGUAGAAGACAAAGCAUCGAAAUCGCCCCCUAGACGGCUGCUAGCCAUUUUGUAUAGUGAUUGGUUAGUCGAACUGCAGUGCUUUGGACGUCGACAGCUGAUAUACCACCUCGAAGGCAAACCCAAGGGUACAACCGAAGAAGGCAUAAUCAAUUGUGUAUUCAAUCGCCAUGUUCUCCACUGCCAUAUGAUGCAUUAAUAAGAAUAGUGACUCUACUGCUCUGCACCAGUAUUGUACGUGUGGUCCGAAGGAAUAGUAACAAAUCCAUUCAACAGCUGUCUCACUGCCGGGAGCCAGUUAUUGCCGCCGCCUCCAGUCGUGGAACAAAUAAGCAGUGCAGUCAAAAUGCACACAAUUCACAGAAGUAGUAAUGGUCCGCAUCACCUACUUAUGUCGGUGCUAAUUGUAGCAUCGAUGAGUGUGUCCUUCGUUCGAGCUCAGCAAGAGGCCAUCAGCGAAGAUGAAAAGCUUCUUUUUGCACAUGUGAUCUUCCGCCAUGGUGAUCGGACACCAAUCGAUCCGUACCCGAAUGACCCAUGGAAGGAUCCUAGCCACUGGAGCACUGGAUGGGGUCAACUAACUAAUGCAGGAAAAAUGCGUCACCUCAUGCUUGGAAAUUGGCUGCGCCAACGUUACAGCAGUAUCCUCAGCGAGACUUACACCAACAAUGAAAUCUACGUUCGUUCAACCGAUGUAGAUCGCACAUUGAUGAGCGCCGAAUCGAAUCUAGCCGGCCUGUACCCACCUACCGGUAAAGAUCAAUGGGACCCGGCCAUCCAGUGGCAACCGAUUCCGGUGCACACCGUACCGGAAUCCAUGGACGAAGUGUUGGCAGCCAAAAAGUCCUGCCCCGCCUUUGAUUAUGCCCUCAAAAAGUACAAACAAUCGGACGAGUUUGCGCAAUACAACAAAUCACUUCUACCGCUCUACGAGUAUGCAACUGCUCAUUCCGGCCGCAGGAUAGACUCGCUGACAUCGGCGCAGAACCUCUACAGUUGUUUACACAUCGAAGAAUUAAACAAUUUCACACUGCCAGAAUGGACGCAAAAGAUUUAUCCCGAGCCGCUCCGUUCCAUUUCCGCGAGAUCGUUCGCCACCAAAACAAACACACCCCUACUUGCACGUCUUAAAACUGGUCCAUUGGUCAAGGAGAUGCUUCAGCGGUUCCGAAGCAAAGCGGACAACACACUCAAGCCCAACAGGUCAGUUUGGGUGUACAGCGCCCACGAUACAACCGUGGGAAGCGUCCUCAACACGCUUAGGCUGUUCGACGGAUUUCAUAACCCACCGUUCGCGGCUUGCAUCCUGCUAGAACUGUACCAAAACUCUUCCGGGGGAGAACCGUUUGUUUCAGUAUACUACAAAAACACCACCGCCGAGCCGGAGCCUAUGUCGAUUCCAAACUGCGGCAAACGGUGCCCACUGAGCCAGAUGUUCAAGGUGUACAGCGAAGUGUUACCCGACAACUGGAAGCACGAGUGCCAGGUGUCAAUCCUAUCGCUAACCUACGUGGAAGCAGACAUGAGCUCGUCAACCAGCGUCAUCGGUAUCGUGUUCCUAGCGAUGGUCGGGGUGUUGGUGAUCGCGCUGGCCAUGGGCGCCUACAUUCGGCGGCGUCGCAGCUAUCACAAUGACAAAUGGUACCUGCGGAUUGAUGGAUAAUGACACGGGAACCGGGGGGCGGCGGCGGCAGCGGCAGCGACGAUUGUUAUAGAUGAGAUAGAAGACUAUGCGGAAGUGGAUGUUUGACAAGCGGGCAUUUGCAUGCUGUGGUUAUUGGGAGAUGUUGCAUUUAUUCUGUUCUCACAACAUCAUUCGUUACGAGAUAUCCUGUGUCAUGUUUCUAUUUUAAUGAAGAUAAGUAUUUUAAAAUGUAUAAAAUGUAAACUACUAGUGAUGAUUAGAAGACAUUAUUUAAGACGGGAACUCUGCUUGUGGAAAGGCGACAUCGUGCGAAAAAAUAAAUUAUUGCUGUGAGUACUACCUAUAGAUUUUCUGAUAUUAAAUAAAUGAUAAUGUUAUGACUCUAA